AUGAUUACAACACAAGUUGAUAUCAAUGCUUCUCCAGAAACCGUGCGGAAAGUACUUUUGGACUUCCCUACCGUCAGUGAAUGGCAUAAAGGACUCGUCAAGAGUAUUAGACCGUUAGAUUCCGUCGAUCCCCUUGCCGUAGGAAAGAAACUUCAUUGUGAAAUGGAAGAUUUUGAAUUUGAUUCCAUCAUUACCGAAAAUUCCCCAAACAAGUUUGCGUGGCAAGGUCCGCCUGUUAUGACAGUCUCCGGUCUCCAUUCCUUCCUCAUUGAACCGAGUAAGAGUAACCCUGGCGAUACAACAUUUACACAGAUGGAGGUAUAUCCUGGAGGUGUUUCGUUCUUGAUGCAGCCUUGGCUUAUGGGAAAGCCUAUUAAAGGCUAA